AUGAGUCAAGGGCUAGUUUUUGAAGGAGGUGGCGAGAAGAAUGGGAUGGUAGUUGGUAUUGUGGGGAUGGAUGGCAAUGUUGGCAUGCUAGGAAGCGGAGGGAUGGAUGGCAUGGUAGGCAAUGUUGGCAUGCUAGGAAAUGGAGGUAGAGCUCCAGGCUUGGUUAACGAUGGCUGCGUUGUCGGCAAUGUCGGUUGUGGGGGAUUGGGGAUAGAUGGCAAUGGUGGCAACGUUACUCCGGGCAAAGCUGGCUGGAAGCAGGGAACGUGGUCUCUGAGGUUGUUGAUUACUAAUGGUAUAUGGUUGGAAAAGAAAGCACAGAGUGGUUCUAAAUGUUUUGGGCUAGUUUUUGAAGGAGGUGGCGAGAAGAAUGGGAUUGUAGUUGGUAUUGUGGGGAUGGAUGGCAUGGUAGGAAGCGGAGGGAUGGAUGACAUGGUUGGCAUUGUCGGCAUGCUAGGGAGUGGAGGGAUGGAUGGCAUGGUAGGCAAUGUUGGCCUGCUAGGAAGUGGAGGUAGAGCUCCAGGCUUGGGCAACGAUGGUUGCAUUGUAGGCAAUGUUGGCAAUGUCGGUUGUGGGAGAUUGGGGAUAGAUGGCAAUGGUGGCAACGUUACUCCAGGCAAAGAUGGUGGCAUAUGGAGGAGAUGA